UUGGAGUCGUCCUUCAGUCUAAUCUUUUAUUUUUAUUUGAGCGGCCCUCAAGGACUCAAUGUCAUUGUUUCCUAGCAUCCCUGGGUACAUUUGAGUAAGUUAUAUCAUUUUAGGAACCAUUUUAAGUCACCUUCUAUGAAGGGUUUAUAAGUUACUAAUCACUUGAAUUAUGGGUAAUUAACAUAUAGUGCUUUUUAGAUCAGUUAAGCCAUCAUUUGGGGUUGCUGGAUUGUGACAAAUCGCAGGUGUCCGUCCUUUAUUUGGCGGUGAAGCAGUUAUAAAUGUUAGUUCAUUCAUAAAUGCUGAAUAGAUGUUUUUUAUUUUUGAUCUGCAGCCCUGAAGUGGUAAGCGGUCAGCUUUGAGGUUCAGCUUUAUUGUCAUUAAUACAGGAUCGUACGAUGCAGUUGCAAAAGAUCAAAGGGAGUUUUCCCAACCUGUUGACCCAAAUGUCGUCCUUAAUGGCUUAAACCUGAUCUAAAAAACAUCAGCAAAUAAUUUAUUGUCAUGAAUAAAGCCACUCUACAACUGAUACGGCCUUUAUUGAAGAUGCACUUAUUAGAAAGAAGGCUUAUUUUAAUUCAGUUUGCAUUUAGUCGGUUCAGUUUGAGUGUUUUUCAGUUGCUUUCAGCACAGCAUCAUCAAAAACAAUCAGAAAGGAAGUGGAGGAUUGAUUUAGUUUGAUUUGUAUUAUAAAAUGUAAUUGAUAUGAAAUACCAAUGAAUGGCUCCUUGAAUGAGCCCUGAUACCCACACAUAACAGCACUACAGCAGCGUUGGAAAUUCCCAUUUCCACAGAGACAUAAUGGAGGAGUGUGUGUGGGUGUGUGUGCGUGUAAGGGAGUCAGUGUUUCGGCAUUUCUCGGGAUGCGUUACAUAGCUCUGGCUGUGUGGGGGAAUGUGACGAGUCGGUAACUUGCUUGCUGUUCCGACUGUUUUCUCACGGGAAAAACCGGCCGAGAACCAAACAGACGUUUAGAGCACACGUGUGACUUCUUCUUACGUCAGAGCCUUUCUUUUUCCGACGAGGUCGACUAGUGAAAUAACACAGGAGUCACACACGGCUGUAUUAUACGAUUAGAACAGAGCCCGGUUAAUCCCAUGAGGAUUAUGUCAGGUAACAUGGCAAAUGAAAGAAACAUAUUCCUACAAUUAAAUGUCUUCACAGUGUUUAGGAGUCUGGCACUGACUGCAGGGGUUUUGGUCAGUGUUUGUGGGAGUCGUGCUGCUGUUCCAAACCUGCAUGCUGCUCUAAUUUUCACUGCGAUAAUGUGACCCAUCUGUUUAUGUUUAUUACUGUUUCUCUCACGGCAUCCUAACCCGCAGGCCGGGUGCUGAAUCGAAUAGAAAUGAUCUAAAAAAGCUUUGCGAAUAUGUCGACUUGGUUCAAAUAAAAGCGGAUCAUUAGUCAUAAUAACAAAGAAAAGGUUCCACGUUUCGUUUACAGGUUUGUUUUUACUUGGAUGCGUUUUUCUUUGUGCGUUUGGUCACACGGGCCAAGUCUACUUUAUUAGUUAAUGUAUCUUGCUGUUGUUUACGCUUCCAACUUUACUUUUUUCACUCAGCUGUCUGUUGCGAUACACUGGAUGCUCUGAAUCAAUAGGUCCAGUUUUCAUUUGUGUAAAGGUUUGACGGUAUUUCUCAGCUCGAGGGCUGCCUCUACACACACACUCUACACACACAUCUUCCAGGGGGGAUGUGUGGGAGUGGUUUGGAGCGAGCGCUCGCGUGUCACUCAAGUGGAGUCUGCAGCUGGCACGCGCCCCCGGUGACGUGAAGCGAAGCGCACAGAGCAAACGGUUUUUAAACAGCCUGUUGUCCUGCAGCGCGCGCUCUCUACUUCUUUUACUUCUCAAAAUGUGUUUCUAACCACAAACGCAACCUUCGCCUCGACUGAACUCGCCAUGUAGCGUGCGCGCGCGCGCGCUACACAGAGCUGGAUCUUCUUUCUUUCUUUUUUACGGGAUCCUGCGGUUCGGGAGCAGCGGAGCGACGGGUCCGGGUGUGCGGGAUUUGGUGACCGUCGAGGGGCGGACGGGCCACCAUGCUCCGGCCCUGGGCUGCGCACUGGUUCACAGCUGUGCUCCUGUGUCGGGCGGUGGCACAGUACUCCAGCGACCAGUGCAGCUGGCGAGGAAGUGGUUUGAGCCACGAGUCUCAUCGCAGGGAUGUGGAGCAGGUCUACCUACGCUGCUCUCAGGGCUCUCUGGAGUGGCUCUACCCCACAGGGGCCAUCUUUGUCAACCUGCGGCCGAACACAGAGCCCUCGUCGGGACACGUGGCAGCUCUUCAUGUGUGCAUCAAACCCCACGCUCACUCCCAGGGUGCUCAUGUGUAUCUGGAGCAUAACGGGGAUCUGAGGAUGCUGCUGGCAGAGAAGGACCAGGCUCAGGGCACAGUGCGCUGUUUCAGCCUGGCAGAGGGAGCUCUCUUUGUGGAGGCCGUCCCUCAGGCAGACAUCAGCCGGAGGAUCACAGCUUUCCAAUACGAGCUGGUGUCCAGCCAGGGGCCCGGAGCGCACUUGUACCCAUACCUGCACCCUGGUUUAGUCACCUGUAAACCCUGUUCAGAUGACGAGGUCCUGAUGGCCGUGUGUACCAGCGACUUUGCUGGCAGUGGCGUCUUUCAAAGUGUAGCAUCGGGUACUAACGACCACUCUCCCGCUGCGGUGACUCUGAGUCGACUGUUUCGCCAGAAGAGCAGGGUGUUUGCGUGGGGUGGAGCCAGAGGGCGGGGCUGGGGUGGCCGUAUCAAUGUACCCGCACAAUGCAGUGUGCAGCCUGGAGGGGACGAGUACCUUUUGACUGGCGCUGUCCAUUUCGGCAACGCCUGGCUUGGCUGCGCACCUCGCUACAAGGACUUCCAGAAGCUGUACACCAGAGCACAGACAGCGGGAACAAACCCCUGUGAGAUAGACACGGACUGAGCGAGAUCUCCUCGAAGUCGUUGAGGAAGACGCAAAGAGGAACAAGCUGAGGUUUGGAGGAUGGAGUGACGUCAUCUUUGAGCCUGGCAGAGAGCUAAGCAAGGUUAAAAACAAAAAAGACCAUCGUUACUUCUGCAGGAUGUUUUCAAUGCUGUGCAACUUGCAGCAGAACAGACAGCUGGGCAGUUUGAACAUUUUAGCCAAUGAGCUGCCGACUAAAACGUCCUCAUUUGACUCUAUGCCAUGUGCAUGAAUAUGUUUCUGCUUGAGCGAGUGCAGCGAAUGAACGAUGUUGAGCUUAAAUUAAUUUUUUGCCUAAAAUGAUGAUGUUUUUAUUCUCACGACGAUACUGCUUGUGUGAUCAUUCUCGAAAUGAAUGUUUGCUUUGUAAAAAGCUUUCUGUAAAGUUUAGGAGUCUUCUGACAGAAGAACCGUAUGCAGCUCUGUGAGUCUUUAUGUACCAAGUGUGUGUGUGUGGGGGGGGGG